GGCCUUUCUCCAUAAAAUGUCGGGAUGAAGAGACGUGACAAAUGUCUUCUUCUUGACUUAUGCAAAUAGAAUUUACCAAGUAAGAAAAUACUAUUAAGGACUAGUUCAUGUCAUUUGUUUUUCAUAUUGAUACCAAAAAUCUGAGCACAGAUAAAAAUCAAAUGGGGAUGACUUGGGUCGUGUGCGUGCGUGCAUGCGUGCAUAGGUUACGUGUGUUUGUGCUUGUUGUCCUGCAGAAGUGGUACAGCCCACGCGGAUCGGUCGCUAUGGAGAGCAGCUCCCCAAGAGCUUGAGCCAGCCACAGCCGAGCAGGGACGAGCGAGGAGCGAGGAGGAGGACGGAGCAGAGAGUGAGCGCAGAGAGCGCACAGACACGCAGGGAUCAUGGAGAAAACAUCACCGCUUAGAGGGACUUUGCCAUCCAACGGACUACGACUUUUAACAUCACUUCUCACCUUAUACGGACUUACCACAGGUGUGAGCAGUAACCACGUGAUUGUUCCUGAGAAAGUGAAUGCAGUGCUGGGGAAGAACAUCACACUGGGCUGCAGAAUAGAGGUGGGCUCCAACCUCAGUCUCACACAGAUCUCCUGGGAACGCCGUCUUUCUUCAGGCACCAUUACCUUGGCAGUGUUCAACCCCAAGUAUGGAACCUCAUUCUCUCAAGAAUAUGCCCAGCGCGUCUCAUUUGUGUCCCCUUCGAUACAAGAUGCUACCAUUACCCUUAAAGAAGUUGGCUUCGCAGAUAUCGGGUCCUACACCUGCAAAGUGGCAACAUUUCCUCUGGGCAAUACACAAGCAUCAACCUUCGUCAACGUAUUAGUGGAGCCAAAGGUUUAUGUGUCCGCCGGCCCCACAGCUCUGCUAGAUGGCGGGAACGAGUCGCUGGUGGCCACAUGCAUAGCAGAGCGUGGCCGUCCCGCUGCUGAGGUUUUCUGGGAGACAGAGCUUUAUGGGCGAAGUGAGAAAGAAAGUCACGAUGAGCCCAACAGCACCACCACCACACAUGUGCGCUACAUGUGGCAGCCGCAGAGCUACGCCCAGGGGAAGACACUCACCUGUGUGGUGCGCCACCCGGCCCUGCAAACAGAGUUCCGCAUACCCUACAUACUAAAUGUUCAGUUUGCACCAAUGGUAUCAAUAAUUGGACUCAACAAAAAUUGGUAUGUUGGUCAAGAGAAUGUGAAGUUCACCUGUGGUGCCAAAGCUAACCCACCUGCCCGUCACUUCACAUGGAUCAGGUUGGACGGAUUGAUGCCAGAGGGUGUUGAGAUCUCAAACAAUAGCUUUGCUUUCACUCGCCCGUUGGAGCGCAAUGACUCUGGAGUAUAUCGCUGUGAAGUGAUGAAUGACAUUGGUCUUCGCAGUCAGAAUGUGAACCUCUGGGUACAAGAUCCUCCCCCCACCACUGCAGCCCCCAGCACCACCGCAUCCCUCCUCCACGACACAUCCGGAACCGGCACUGCUCUGGACCAGAAGAGAGCCCUGUUCACUUCCCCGACCCUGGCUUCCUUACCUGACAGCAGCCUGGGUACUAUAGUUGGUGGGGCAGUGGGUGGAGUUCUGUUCCUGAUCCUCUUGCUGAUCCUGGGUGGGGCCUGUUUCAUGCGCCAGCGCAGAACCUUCAGGGGCGACUACUACACCAAACAGUACCUGGGACCCUCCGACAUGCAGAAGGAGUCUCAGCUGGAUGUGCUGCAGCCACAUGAGCUGCAGGAGGUCUAUGGGGACAAGACGAGCAAAGGCAGCCAGGAGCUAAAACCCAAACUGGGUGGAGACAUCAUUUACCCGGACUACACCCCGGAACGCAAGGACAGGGACGACUGGGCUGACAGGGGGGAUGCCCACAGGGGCCUCAAGGAGGGAAACUACUACCCUGAUCACUACAACACCCAAAACAUGCACCCCUGUGGGCCUCCUGUGCACAGCCCCAUAGUGAACAACGGUUCCCCCUACCUCCCGGAGGACUGCUAUGACAAUGGUACAGACAGCGACUAUGUGUCCCACAUGGACGGAUCUGUGAUCUCGCGCAGAGAGUGGUAUGUUUGAGGAAAGAAGCAAAUGAAAACACAGACAAAUGACUGACUGAGAAUAAUUUAACAACUGACAGAUAUAAAUAUCAUUAAAGGUUGUGUCAUUUCAGUUAAAGGAUGAACAAAAUUUCUCAGCUCAGUUUCACAAUGAGCUCUUUGAACAGUACUGCUCUGCCUUGAUUGUAACCACUUAACCUUAAGGACGUGUUUGUGGAUUGUAUUACACUUUUGUAGCAUUUCAAGGAGCUACAAAUAUGCUGGAUGGCCUCAGUGAUAUAAUCUGUGUAGACUUAAGAGGCUUUGGCAUACAGUGACGUUUCAACUGGUGUGAAUGAGGUUUUGUAUUCUGCUCGUUUGUGUUUGCACCUGUCUCUAAAACAGGUCACUGGUCAGGUGUUCAGACCCUUGUUAGUGAAGUAUUUAUAUUCCUGACUGACUGAGCUUUGCUCCCAUAAAACCUCACAACUUCUGUGGCAUUUUGAAAGUGGUCACUUGUUUGCUUACAGCCUUUUCAUACAGGUGAUGUGUUUAUCAUGGCUGCAACAGUAUUUAAAGCAAAUUAUAUUGCAUGAUUUUUUUUUUUUAAAACAAAAUGUAUCAUCAAGUUAAAGGGAAAGUCACAUGAUUAAAAGGGAGAAUUACACAGGCAUUGCACCAAGGGAAAGGAAAGAUGACUGAUGCUACAGCAGUACGUCACAUAAAAACACAGCCCCUUGUAAACUUUAGUUAUUCAGUAGCUUUUUCUUUUUUUAAGGUUCUUUUGUAAAUUACACAUGAAAUAGCAAGCCUGUAAACUGACAGAGAGAGGGGUCACACUCUGUGGAAGUUCUUUUACUUUCAGCCUCAGUUCAGCUUAACCAAACAAACUCAUGUUGUUUUGAUGAAUAAUUCUUUGAAGGUUGGAUUGCAACCGUGAUCUGAUUUCAUGCUGCACGUGGCGCGAGUAGUUUUCCACACAGCAGCAGGGCAGAGUAAAGUUGAGUUACCUUACUGAGGAGUUGUACGUGUGAUGUCGGUCACCUGCAACUCUUCAUCUAACAGUUCACAGUGGCUGCUCGCAAAAAUUAAAAAUCAUCUGCUGACAAACGAUACUGCAGAGACAAAUAUUUUGUGUUUCCUGUGGCUGUUUCACAAUAAGAGCCACCCUAUGUUACAUUAGAUGAACUCUUUUAAUUUGAAGCACCAGCAGACAAAUGUUUGGUUUUCAUAGCAGUAACUUAAUGCAGCUCUGACACGGUUUAAACAGAGCAAACAGUAGCUGAUGAAAUUGCAUUGGAUGCUGAUCGCAUGCAUGUAUCGUUUUUCUGUGACUCCCUUGUGUUUAGGUAGUCGAGCAGAAUCCAGUGCAGCAAAGGCAGACUCUGCCACCAUCAAUAAAAACUACUAUAGAGAGAGAUAAUUGCUGAAUGUAAACACAUUAAAUGGCAUCUGCAGAAAAAGUGUCAGCUAUAAAUAGUAUCAAAAAUAGUCUUGACUGACUUUAUGAAAAUUUUAUGGAUUAUAACUUUAAUCAAAUACACUAUUAUCAGUAUUGAAAUGUCUUAAUACAGUCUCUUUCUUGCCGUGAAAAAAGCACAACUCUUAUUACAUUAGUCAGCAAACAUCAAAGGAAGCCAACGGGGCCUUGGCCUCCUUCACUUAGCCAUGAUAACAGGCUGUAUCGCGGUCUUUGCCAUUUUCCCUCCUUCUUAUCCUCGGGUUUCUGCCUGCAAGACUAACACCAAUUGGUCAUUAUAGUUUUUUUAUUUAAACACAGGAUCAAAGCAACAUGUUAUAAAUACCAGAUGUGACUAUAACAGCUGUCAUCAUCUGACAUUAUGUGGCUCCAUAAACCACCAACAGUUUCACUGCUCCCGCUCAACACUUCACAGUUGUCAUUCAUGAAGGUAAAUAAGCAAAAUACUUUUAUUGAAAAAAAAAACUGAAAAGGAGCAAAAAUAAACAGACGCUUCAGCUUUAGUUUGUAUGUGUUUGAAGUAUGAUUAUUCAGAUACCUUGGAAAAAUUGUGAGCAUCUGACAUCACUACCGAUCACAGAACAGGCUAUAAUGUUGGGGUUUGGCUCCUCAGCAGCUCCUCUGUGGAUAUACAGUGAUCAUGGAAACUAGAAACUUAAUCCAUGAGAGAAAAAAAUCAGUUUAAGAACCACCUAGGUUAGAGCUGUCUCUGUAAUGGCUCCCCAAGGGAUUUAUAUUUUUUUCUUUCUUUUCCUACAAACAACAAACCCAGUGACAUUUAAGUUGAAACAAAAGAGUUGACAUCAUCUGUGAUCUCAUCUCUCACUGCUUGAUUUGACCUUACACUUUUCCACUUAGUGCUUCUUUUUUUUUCGUUUCCUCAGGAAUGAUACAUGGAUCAAAGUGGCCUCUGCAAAGCCUCACAUGAAAGGGAAAACAUACCCUUUUUGGAAAGAUCCCCUCUUAGUCAAUCAGGGUGUUUGUUGCUAGAAGAAGGAACCAUAUAUGUGUAUCACAGUGAGAUCAGGGCAGGGGGGUUGAGCAUAUUUUGAGGGCUCCUUCUUUCUUAUUGGGGUUUUAUAGAUUGUGGGUGCACAUUUUCUCUCUCUCUUUUUAUUUUUUAACCCUUCUCCACCCAUGUCAGGGCUUUGGUCAAACGUUUAGAUGUCUGAGAAUAAACUACUUUAAUCUCUUCAGCUCGCUCUCACUCUCAUCGCCGCACACACGCACUCGGCCACCGCACAUCUGCCACUGCUGCCCACGUUCAAAGAGCAGUCCUCACCUCAAACCCUCAGCUUUUUAAUUAAAUUUAAUUUUUCUUCUCAUUGCACUUGGCAAUGAAAGUGCUUGAACUCGAGGAGACACUAAAUAGCAUAUCCAUGUCUGCAUGCACACACUUUUUUUUUUUUUUUUUUUUGAACGGCUGAUUCAGAGCUGUCAUCUUGUUUCUUAUUUGGUAAAGUCGCUCCAAGCAAACUGCUGUCUCUGAUCUUCACAUCAGUUUCUGCCUCAUCUCUAAAGACUGUUUGACAAAAGCAAAAUGAGCUGAAGUGAUUGGUUCAGUCAACUGGUUGCAUGUAAAUUAAGUUAUUCGCCUCCUACUACACUCAUUAUUUCUCAUCACUAAUGUUUAUAUACAUGUACAUAAUGCUAAUAGGUUAGUGUAGGAUUAGCUGUUCUCUCAGUUUGAUUUAUAUGUUCAUGUACAGUUUGUUUUGGACUCCCCUACUGAAUAUUUGGUGCCUUAGAAGGGCUGAGCAAUGCACAGAAACUUUAAAAAAAAAUGACAAAGAUAAUAUCAUUAAAGAGGAGGACCGACUGGUCCUUUAAUAUGUCUUCCAUCUUGAUAUUUAAGAUUUGCUGUUAUUAAAACAUCAGAAUAGACAAAAGGUUGAUUGUCAUGCCUUAUACACUUUGAAAGGACACAUGUAACAAGUUGGUUACUGAGAAAAUUGUAAUAAGUAUAAUUUCACUGGGAAUUGAGGCAAGCCAGAUUCAUAGAAAAUAUUAUUGUCCUGUAAAUAUGCUGGCUGUUUUUUUUUUUAUUAUUAUUGAAAACAAAUCUUAUUUUUUGUAUGAGGUCUGUAAUUUUCACAGAGUAUUAGUUUAUCGUACAGUACGAGCGUCCGAGGAACUCUUUCCUCGUGGUAACGUAGAGUGCGAUCCUGUUUUCACUGCAUUUUUGUAUGUGUUCUUGAGAGUUUCUGACCAAUUAUUUUGUAUGUUGUAUUUGAAUGAUUGAUGUCUCACAGGAAUCAGAGAUGGAAGUGCGGUAGAUUGUAUUUUGUUCCUUUGUUUGCAAUAAAAGACCACCAUUAUUGCA